CGCAUAAAAAAUUAUAAAGGACCGAGGGGUAGUAUAAUCAUUUCGUCUAAACAGUUUUUAGCUAGUUUUUGUAUCUGAAGUGAGAGUAUUCCCUCCCUCUUCCCCCAAAUUCUCUCUGCAAUGUCGUCAAACAAUCCAUCCCAGCUCCUCCCCUCAGAGUUGAUAGACAGAUGCAUAGGCUCUAAGAUUUGGGUGAUUAUGAAGGGUGAUAAGGAGCUUGUUGGUACUCUUCGAGGUUUCGAUGUCUAUGUUAACAUGGUGCUUGAAGAUGUUACUGAAUAUGAAAUAACUGCUGAAGGACGAAGAAUCACAAAACUUGAUCAGAUUCUGCUAAAUGGAAACAACAUUGCCAUUUUGGUUCCUGGUGGUUCGCCUGAUGCAGAAUGACAGCUUAUGGCCUCGUAUGUAGCGCGAUUCUUUUGGUGUUCAUGACCUUGACGAGUUUUUGUUUACUGAAUAGUUUGUUCUGGCAGAAUAUCUCUGAUGCCUUGAGCUGAUUUUAAAGCGUGUCACUGGAAAAACUGGGUGGCAGCAAAUUUAUCGCACAGUAAUGUAUUAUGACUCUUUAUUAUGGCAGUGAGGUUUGAUUAUUUGGAAAACCUAUCACUGCCAUUGCUAGGACAUCCAACACUGAGAAACUAGAAAUUUUAUUUUCUGGGUGAUAGAUUGAUGCUAAAGCAAUUUGUAUCCAAAAUAUUUCCGUCCAACUCUUAACAUCGUUUUAUCUUGUAGUUUAGUGAACUUAUUGCGUAUUGCAUGUGAAAUGUGUUGGUUUAAUUAUUUAUCGUA